CUUCAAUCAGACAGUGCGCCCUGUUCCAACAUCAACAAAACACACGGUGCCAAAGUUCACCUCCAUUCAGCGCCCAAACCCGCUGAGGUGCCCUACCGUAUCGGUAACCGGCCCAUCCCAAGUAGGAGCCGUAUCCAGAACGGACAAAACAUUCAAAAUUUCGACACAGACGCGAUGUCGACCAUUACGCCUACCGCGCUGCAGAGCUCGCAGCCGCCGAUUAUUCCCCUGCCCUUCAACGCCAACCAACCCGAGACGAUCCGGCUGUACCCGCUGUCCAACUACACGUUCGGCGUCAAGGAGACGCAGCCCGAGGAGGACCCCAGCGUGCUGGCUCGGCUGAAGCGCCUGGAAGAGCAUUACCAGGCACAUGGCAUGCGGCGCACCUGCGAGGGCAUCCUGGUCUGCCACGAGCACAACCACCCGCACAUCCUGAUGCUGCAGAUCGCCAACGCCUUCUUCAAGCUGCCCGGCGACUACCUGCGGCCCGAGGACGAGGAGAUCGAGGGCUUCAAGGCCCGCCUGGACGAGCGGCUCGCGCCCGUCGGCAGCCUCGGCGAGGGCAACAAGGCUGGCGACUGGCAGGUCGGCGACUGCCUCGCCCAGUGGUGGCGCCCGAACUUUGAGACUUUCAUGUACCCGUUCGUGCCGGCCCACAUCACACGGCCGAAGGAGUGCAAGAAGCUCUACUUCAUCCAGCUACCGGAAACUAAGGUUCUGAGCGUCCCGAAGAACAUGAAGCUGCUUGCGGUUCCCCUCUUUGAGCUAUACGAGAACACGCAGAGAUACGGGCCCCAGCUCUCCGCCAUUCCCCACCUCCUCAGCCGCUACAACUUCGAAUUCGUCGAUGAGAAUGGCCAAGUGGUUGCUGUGACGCCCGGCGCAGGGCCGAGCGAUGGUUACGUUCCCAAGACCAAGGUUUUGGCAGGGGGCGACGACAUUGACAUGAAGACGGAGAACGGGACGCACUGAUCGAUGGGCGGGAUCGCUCGUGAGGUAUUCUCGGUUUGGUAGGCGUCCGGCGUCCAAGGUCAGGUAUCGGGCAAGGGCAAGCGCAGGCACGGAGUAGUGGGAAAAUAAGCA